CCGCUAGGCGGCGUUCUUUCUAGCCGACGCCAUCUUUGGAAAAACGUUAAGAAGAAACCGGCGCAGUUCUAUCAGUAUUGUGUUUACUAUAAAAGUUCGUCGUUUAAUAUCGACUUUAUAACGCAAAACCAUGGCUCAAUUUAUUCAAGUUCUUGAAGACGUAAAUGAUGAGCCAAUAGAAAUACCGAGUGAGAGUGAUGGCACACUUUUACUAACCACGCUGUCUGCACAGUUUCCCGGUGCGUGCGGUCUGAAGUACAAGUCGGAGACUGGAGCAUACAGAGGAAUUCGCCUUGCUGAUGGAGUAUUAUAUCCUCCUGAUGGAGUGUGGGGAAAUCACCAGUACUUAGCAGUCUUUCCUAAGACAGAUCAGAACAAAAGAAAAGGUGAAGAUGGCUUGGCAGAAAAUCCAGCAGCCAAGACCAAGAGACUUGAUCAAAAUAAAUGCUCCGACUUGAUUGUCCUUGGACUUCCGUGGAAAAGCACUGAGGAUGAUUUGAAGAACUAUUUUGGACAGUUUGGAGACCUGCUGUUGGUGCAGGUGAAAAGAGAUGCAAGAACUGGUCAAUCUAAAGGGUUUGGAUUUAUAAGAUUUGCAACGUAUGAGGCACAGAUGAAGUGUAUGGCACAACGUCACAUGAUUGAUGGUCGUUGGUGUGAUGUAACCAUCCCGAAUUCCAAGGUACCUAUGUCUGGCACAAGUUGCCAAACAGCUGGCAAGAUUUAUGAUAUCGAAAUGUCUAAAUUUUUUCUUCUUCUUGAAAAGGAGGGACAAAAUCAGAUGAUGAAUCGCAAGGUUUUUAUCGGUCGCUGCACAGAAGACAUUUCUGCAGAUGACCUCCGCAACUAUUUCUCAAACUUUGGUGAGGUUGUCGACGUUUUCAUACCCAAACCAUUUCGAGCUUUUGCAUUCGUCACAUUUUCUGAUGCUGAAGUAGCACAGUCCCUGUGUGGAGAGGAUCACAUCAUCAAUGGUACUUCCGUCCACAUCAGCAAUGCAGCACCUAAAAGCUUUGACAAGUCUGGUGGAGCCAAGGGAGGAUUUGGUGGUGGUGGCUCCAUGUCAGGAUCAGGCUUUGGCAGCCAAGGGGGCUCCUACAGCAGUAGCCAGCAGACACAGUUUACAUACGACCCAGCUGCAUUUGACCAAUCUGCCUAUGCUACACCAACUCCAGGCUAUGGUUACAUGCUACCCUCUAGCAGCAACAACAGUCAGGCCCAAGGAACCUCUGCCUAUGAUCAGUCUGAAUACUCGUACACACGCUCAGCUUAUGAAACCCAACAGAAUGCCUACAGCAAUGGAAGUCAGUACAGUACUGAUGCAUAUGGGCAGGCUGGUUAUCAGCAGGGCAGUGGUGACAGCAGCACCAAUUACUACGGAAGCUACUAGAAUCUCUAGAUUCUGGUUAUCCGGUGCUCAGCAAGAAAUCUGCGACUUGUAGGAGGGGGUAAACAGAGGAAGGAAGGGCAGCAGCAUGCUGGAACGCCUGCGAGAGCGAUUGAAGAGCGUCUGCGAGAGAGAUUGAGGCUCGGCUGGGAGCAACUGUUUUGAAAGACUGGCAGUGCCUGCAAGGAUGCUUGGAUCAAGAAUUUAACCUCUUCGAGAGAAUACAGAAAUGAUAAAACAUAAUGGAGUGGUCAUCUUCAAGUCUGCAGAACUGCUUGUGUUGUAUGGAGCUAUGUUAUCGCAUUGGAAGGCUGAGCGAGAGACUGACGCAAGAAAGUUUACAUGACUGGGAGAAUGGCUGUAUGUGGACAUGGCAACUUAUGGAGAAAGCAGCUUGCUGUUCACUUUCAGGUGCCAACAGCUGAUGGGAUCUGGCGAGACCAACAGCAUAGAAUACACUUCUGCAUCACUUUGGAGCCACAGAAGCAGGCAGGAGCUGUGUGAAAGAAGCGCGUGUGUGACAUUUCAUGACAUACACAAGGGUGUGGGAGUUGUUUAAAGAGGCGCAUGCCAUCUAGUAGUGAGAGCUUCAGAGCGACUGGACGAGAACUUGAGAUCUGGGUGGGGGUGGGGAAAAAGAAGACAGUGCUGUGUGGCCGAAUGAUCUCUGCUAAAGGAAGAAAAAUGGUGUGACAGUCGCCCAGCAAGUUGACUUUUUUGCCCAAGCCAUUUUUUUUUAAUGGAUUGUGUAAUCUGACAAUGUUUUAUUCUUUCUGUAUUGCAGGUUGGUUUUGUGAAAACAAAAAGGGACUGCAAUGGUGAACGGUUGAUCUAAGUGGUUUUAUUUGUUGAUUUUUGUCACAAGUAUCUUUUCUCUUCCCUAAAUUGUACAGUUUGCCAGAGAUAACCAGACAUAUCUUUGAUUAACAGCUAAAUUUGUACAAUGUGUAUGUAUGUGUGGCAGUGAUUUACAUAAGUUCAGUAUGGUUUAUUUCUGUGAAUGCAUGAAAACAUUCUCCCAAGAAGGGUGGUUGCAUCUUUGGCAGGCAGGCAAGACUAGUGGAUGACUCAGUUUCUUUCCAUCAGAGUACUCAAAGAAACCUCAGCAAUAAUACCUUCCCUAAAAUCAUAGUGUACUUGUUAAGUCAAAAGUAAGUGGAAGAUCUUAUUUAUCUUUCUCCCAAAACCUGUCCUUGAUGUGUGUUAUAGCUUGCCAGGAAGCUCAGGGCUGCAUGCUUUGAUGAAAGCCAGGGUGUGAAGUCUAAUAUUUAUUGGUGGCUCCCUUCUAAAUGUUAAGUUUGGAGGUACUUGUAGAGAGCCCGUGUACAUCUUUUUACAGGUGUGACCAAACGGGGUCAAACAAGAAAUAAUCAUCUUAAGCAGGCCAUGGUGCAUUUCUUUCUUAAAGCUAGAAGUGGGAGCUUCUGUUGACAUUCGGAAGCAGCCAGCCUUGGGGGUCAGGAAAAAAAGUUCUGUUCAGUUCUUUAUGUAGGGCGUCGAGGGAAAUGUUGGUAUUCCAUCUUUCCAGCUUUCAUAUACGCCAUUGUCGCUGGGUAAGUACCAGUGAGUGCAUGUGUCUGGCUGAUGGAAUGAAAACAUAGCCACACAUUUUCCUUGAAGUUGAAACGUGUUGGCUGCUUAAAAUAGCAGUAGUUCAGCACACCUUAUAGUGGUAAUAUGGUUUCUGACAGAUUAUGCCUGAAAAGCAUUUAAACAUGAUUUUUUUUAAAGGGGUUAAGUACAGUGCAACUAUAAUCAUUUUGUAUAUUUUAUGGAUGUUUGGUCAUUACUGUUUUCUGGAGAGUUCAAAUAAAAGGUUCUUCUAAACAG